GGUUGUUAUUAUACGUUAGUUUCUGUGUCAUGACUUUAGCUCUGAGUUGCGUUUUCAAACUCCAUAAUGCGGCGUUACAUUCGUGCACUUUUGUUGUGCACGGUGUUUGCCGUGUUUUCGGGCUUGUACGUUUACAGUAGGUUGUUUUACUCGGACGUGCCGGUCGGGAUAAACGGUCCGAAGAGGGGUUUCAUCCCAGCGAGAGUACCCGGAGGCAGGCGAGGGGCCGCGGACAAAACCGGGCCCCAAAACUCACACUGGUACAAUAGGUAUAUCAUGCGUCAGCGAGGCCAGGUGGAGGCAGGGGCUGUUAGCAGCGCUCAGAGCAGACCUGAUCCUCCCAUGCACCUGGCCGUGGUGGCCUGUGGGGAGCGUCUGGAGGAGACUCUCACCAUGAUUAAGUCUGCUGUGCUUUUCAGCAUCAAGCAGCUCUCCCUGCACAUCUUCGCAGAGGAUCAGCUGCAUGCUAGUUUCAUGGAAGCACUGGAGUCCUGGCCCGAUUUUAUUCGCUCCAGGUUCAACUACACAGUCUACUCCAUCAGUUUUCCUAGUGAGAAUGCAGCCGAGUGGAAGAAACUCUUCAAACCUUGUGCUUCUCAGAGGCUUUUCUUACCGCUCAUCCUAAAGGAUGUCGACUCCAUUGUCUAUGUGGACUCUGACAUCCUCUUCCUGCAGCCUGUGGACCGCCUGUGGGCUUUCCUGUCCAAGUUUAACUCCUCCCAGCUGGCCGCUAUGGCCCCUGAGCAUGAAGAGCCCCGUAUUGCGUGGUACAACCGCUUCGCCCGCCAUCCCUUCUACGGCAGGACGGGCAUCAACUCGGGGGUCAUGCUCAUGAACAUGACGAGAAUGAGGAGCAUGUUCUUCAAGAAUGAUAUGACAGCUGUGGGGCUGCGCUGGGAGGAGCUGUUGAUGCCUUUACUUCAGAAAUACAAACUAAACAUAACCUGGGGGGAUCAGGACCUUCUUAAUAUAAUCUUCCACCAUAAUCCUGAGUGCUUGCUGGAGUUUCCUUGUCAGUGGAAUUAUCGUCCGGAUCAUUGCAUUUAUGGCAGUAACUGUGCAUCCGCUGAGGAAGACGGCAUCUACAUUCUCCACGGAAACAGAGGAGUUUACCAUGACAAUAAACAGCCCGCCUUCAGAGCUGUUUAUGAGGCCAUACAAAAGUAUACUUUCGGUGCGGAUCCCGUCACGUCUUUGCUGGAGCCUCUAGAAGAAGAACUCCUGAAGACGACACACACUUACUGUGGUAAAUCCUUCCCACUCUUCACAAAGAGACUGGCACACAGCCUGGCAAACGUCAACAGAAAGGCCCCACAGGGACGGUGACAAAGAGGAAACGAUGACUGGAAGGAAGCCAGAAGAAAGGACGUUUUAUUUGUGUGAACAGCUGUUUAAAGCUCAAUAAGACAGUUGUGGUUGUCUCAAACUGAGACUCAUAACUGUUUAGCUAAGUUGCUCUGAAUAGGAGCGCAAUGUAAAUGCCUGAAACCAUUUAUAAAUGCUGCAGAAGUACUGAUCUGAGCAGUGAAAAAUAAUUGCUACAGAUGGACACAAAGGUUGGUCCUUCGUGUGUUUUAAUGCAGACUUUAUAACAAGAAGUAUCAAGUCUCUUCCUUAUGAUGUACUCCUAAGGUUGGAAGAGUUGCUUUUGUCUUUCCAUAUUGGAGAAUUAUUAAAUCUAGUGAAACAGUCUUAUUAAAAGAGACAAAACUGGCUUCAGAACUGGACAAACAAACACUGGACUAAAGGUUUCAGCACACUCAGCCAUCACAAACCACUAUUACCAACAAGAUGGAGGAGGAGGAACCACUGGGUAUCCACGUGGUUGACUGGAAACCCUAAGAAGAAAUGCAUCCUUACAAUUUAGUUCACUCCAUUUCCCCAUGCUCAGUAAAUUCUGGUUGUUUUCUAGAAAUCUCGACGUAUCUAUCUCAUAUUUCAGGAUUAUGACACUGGUUUCCCUUUGAUAAAGAGCUUAUUUCAGUCACUUUCUUGAGAUUUUCAGCCAUAGUGGCCUUUGCUGUUUGGAAAACUGCACACUUGUGUUUUUAGCACCAUGUUGCCCUGCAAAAGCUCGACCAAACACUACUGGGCGGUGUGAGUUCCCAGUUUUGUCACCAUAUUUCCUGCUUGUUUGUGUACAGGCAAUAACAGCAAUUAAAACAGACUGUAUUUAAUUGUACUUGGAGAUGAUAACUAUUUAUUGCAGUUGCAGAAAAGUCACCCAAAUACAGGGUAUAAUGAAGGGAAGGCAGUGAGGACAAUAAUUACAGUAACUAUAAAAAUAAAGUUAAUAGAACUAAGGUAAAUGCUAAGUCCAAGCCACUGGGCUUACGACUCAAAAUCCAAACUGUAAAAGUGCGUUUUGAGACAGGACUUGAAACUGUCGACAGAGGGAGCAGACCUGAUUGAGGGGAGGCUGGUCCAUAGUUGAGGGGCCUUCACUGCAAAAGCUCCGUCACAUCAGAGUUUAUGCUUGGAACGAGGAACAGCCAGGAGGCCCAUUUCUGAGGGUCUGAGGGGCCUGGAGGUAGUUUAAGGGUUGAGGAGGUCAGAUAUGUAAGACAUUGCCAGGCCAUUUGCGACUUUAAACACAAACAGAGCAACCUUAAAAUCAAUCCUGUAGCAUGUGGGAGGCCCGUGAAGAGAGGCUGACCCCGGGAGGCUGAUAUGGUCCCUCUUAUGAGAGCCAGUAAGAAGCCUUGCUUCUGCAUUUGGUACCAUUUUCAGUGUGGAAAGGGAUGCCUGGCUGAUUCCAGAAUACAACAAAUUACAGUAGUCAACCAUGACGAUAUGAAAACAUGGGUAAUUUUUCCUUAUAAAAAGAGAGGAUCUGUUCUAUUUGGUGAUUGCUCUUAGCUGAAAAAACCUGGUUUCAAAUGUUAAUGCAGAGUAAAAUAUUACUCUGAGAUUCUUAGCCUGGGGCUUGAUGAGGGUCGACAAAUCCCUUAAGCUUAUAGAGACCUGUUUGAUGGUACUGGGGGGCCAAGGAGAACCACUUCUGUUUUACUUUGAUUCAUUUGUAAAAUGAUUUGAACCAUCCAGCAUUUGAUGUCAUCUAAACACUGGGUGAGGGCAUCUUAGUGUGAUUGUUUGGUUUUACGGGUGGAUAAAGCGGUCUAUCAUCACUGUAACAGUAGUAAGUGAAAUUGUGUUUUUCUUUAAUUUUCUAAUGGAAGCAUGUAAAUAUAAAAGAGAAUGGGACCUUGGACGGAGCCUUGAGGUACCCCAGAUGACAGAUUGGCUGUGAAUGAAAAAGAGUUGAUUAGAAUGACCUGUGCUGUAGACAGGAGAUAGAAAGAAUGGCAUCUCAAUCAGCUGAGACAGAGGACAGGGAUUUUUUUCCCACUAGUUCGGCCACACAGGGAGAAAAGUAUUAGAAAAGAAAGUCUGAUAUCUUCGUAUUUGACUUGGAUUUCUACCUGACGCCAUUUAUCUCACUCUUAAGUACAAACAUUUUGCCUGUAUACAAACUCAGAGACUGUUACCCACCGCUUACUGGCGCAGUAGUUGUCAACAGUUUCCAAAAUGACAAAUGGUGACCUGAACGUCCAAAAAUAUUUAACAGUGCACAUUUAUUUAGUGAAAAAUUAUGUAGUUUGGAUCUUGAAUGGAGCAAACUAUAUGGCUGAAAUAGAACAAAACUGACAUCCUAUUUCCCUGUGAUAACAUUACCAUUUUGCCAAAUUUCCAGAGAUCUUAAAGAAUGACCUGUUUAUCAUGGAAACGCAGCUUUGAUAUCACAAGAAACAGAUAAAGUAAAUGAAAUAUUGCAAAAACAUUCAAAUUACCCUUUUAUUAUAGUAAAAAAAAACAGUAAGACUAAAUGUAUGGAUGCACAUUAACUGCAUAAGUAGGCCUCUCUGAGUCAGAGCUUAUAGGAUCUACAGCCUGAGUUUGGCACAGAGAAAACAACCAGAAUCUCUUCUUAGCAUGGGAAACUGAUCAAAAUAAGUAGUAAGGAUGAAUGUCCACAAAGGGAUUCUGCAGAAAAUGAUUUAUUGAAAGAGUGGGGUUUACCAGUGUGUCUCCUGUUCUUAUCAUCUGUUACAUGAGUUAUUAUAACCAGAAUUAUAACAAUAUCAAACAGGGUGAAAAAAAAAUGUUAUUAAGAAAAUGUAGAAGAAUAUCAGUCUGAAGUUUGACACAGACUAAUGUGAAUAAGCUACAAGUUCUGCUAAUACCAAAGCUUUUCUUUUUUUUUUUACUAUAAAUGUGUUAUUUACACAGCUGAAUGUACUUUAAGGAUUUAGGAUUACAGUGAAACGUGUUUAAAUUUGUGUUAAUGUUUGUGUGGAUGUGAUGUAAGGGGAGCUUGUGUUACGUUUUUACUUAUUGGGUGAUUAUGUUGUAAUUUUUUCACAUUAAAGGUCAUCUCAGUCUU